CUUACAUAUCUUCUACUCUCUUCACCUCUAUACCUAUACCUCCACCUCCUACACCUCUACCUCUACCUCUACCUACGCCACCUUGGUGACCGCCAAUCUAACACUCAAAGUUGCCCGGUCACCGGUACGUCACGGUCCACUUUUCUGCCAACGCUGUGGUCCCCCCCAUAUCACCGCCACCUCGUAGUUCUUCCCCUCCCUUAAAUCCUGGCGUAAACCUGCUCGCCCUUUCUCCCACUUUUGCCUUAAUUUCACAUACACUAUGCGGAACCCUUUCGAACUGGACUACGAUAGCGUUGAUGGGGAUUCGGAGCCCGCGGGUGAUUUUGAGCUCUCUGAAGAACAUCCUUCCCAUGAGGGGCAUCAUCGACGUCCCAGUCUCGACUACCGACCAAAGCAGCAGGACGAUGGAGACCGAUCUCUACUGCAGAACGAGGAUAAGGUUCCUGGUGAUCUGAAGAACCGGUUCAUUGGUACCAUUGACCAGGGUACGACGAGUACUCGAUUCAUCAUUUUCGACUGCACAGGCGUCCCGGUCGCCAAGUAUCAAACCGAGUUCCGUCAGAUUCACGAGCACCCAGGAUGGCACGAACAAGACCCUUACGAAUUGGUCGAGUCGGUCUACAUUUGUAUGGAAGAAGCCAUGAAAUCGUUCCUUGCCGCUGGCCACGACGCAUCCGACAUCGAAGCCGUUGGCAUCACCAGUCAACGAGAGACCGCCUUGGUGUGGGACUGGGAGACGGGCGAACCCCUGCACAACGCUAUCACGUGGACCGACACCCGCACUGUCAACCUGGUGCGUGAACUCAAGGCCAAGCCCGGCGCGGAUGAACUCGUCAAUAUUUGCGGUCUCCCUCUCUCUACAUACCCUUCCUCGGUCACACUACGAUGGAUGCUCGACAAUCUCCCCGACGUCAAGUCAGCAUAUGAUGACGGUCGGGCUGCAUUCGGAACCGUCGAUUCCUGGCUCAUUUACAACCUCAACGGUGGCCCUCAGAACAAGCGUCUGGUUACUGAUGUGACCAAUGCCUCGCGGACUAUGUUCAUGAACCUCGAAACCCUCAAAUACGACGAUCGGUUGUUGAAAUUCUUCGACAUUGACAAGACCAAGAUCCGUCUCCCAGAAAUUCUUCCCUCGGCUGACCCGGAGGGCUUUGGUCGGAUCGUUGAAGGCCCCUUGGAUGGUGUUCGCAUCACCAGUUGUCUAGGUGACCAGGCUUCAGCGUUGGUCGGCCACUGUGCAUUCACUCCUGGAAUGGCCAAGAACACAUAUGGCACUGGUUGCUUCCUUCUCUACAAUGUGGGCGAAAAGCCUGUGAUCUCAAAACACGGUCUGCUAGGUACUGUCGGUUUCCAACUGGGUCGGGAUCGCAAACCUGUCUAUGCACUGGAAGGGAGUGUGGCCGUGGCGGGUAGUGGUGUGUCUUUCUUAAUGAACAACCUCGGCUUUUUCCGUGACUCGCGCAAAGUCAGUGAUUUGGCCGCCAGUGUACCUGAUAAUGGAGGUUGCAUUUUCGUUACAGCGUUCAGUGGUCUCUUUGCUCCUUACUGGAUCGAUGAUGCCCAAGGAACUAUCUGGGGUAUCACCGCCCACACACAAAAAGGGCACAUUGCCCGUGCAACCAUGGAAGCAGCCUGUUUCCAAACAAAGGCUAUCCUCGAUGCCAUGGCAAUGGACAGUGGCAAGGGUCUGACGGAAUUGGCCGUCGAUGGCGGCAUGAGUAAUUCCGACGUUUGCAUGCAGACCCAAGCCGAUAUCAUUCAAAUCCCAGUCGAGCGCCCCUCAAUGCACGAAACCACUGCCCUCGGAGCCGCGAUCGCCGCCGGCUUCGCCAUCGACAUUUGGAAAGACUUCUCUGAGCUUAAGGACAUGAACCGCGCCAAUCGGGCGUCCUUCACCCCCAAAUGACCCCCAAAGCCAGCGGGCGCAUGUAUAAAAAGUGGUCCAAGGCCGUCGAAAUGUCCCGCGGCUGGAUGAACGACGAAGACCGCAUGGAACACGACGACGAUGACGAAUAAACAACAUUUCUAUAAAUAUUCAUCGAGACGACACCGCAAGCCGGUCUGUCAUCGACCCUGGCUGGGAACCGAGUUCGUGCUUCGCACGACUCGCAUACAUGAGAGAAGCGAGGGAGAUUUGAGAGAGGGCGUUUUCAUCAAGACCAUACCAUACCAUCGGACACCGCACAUAUUCUCUCUUGGACAACCCGGAUCAUCCAUCUUUCUUCCGGGGAAAUCUGGACACAACCCCACGUUUCCAUUUUUUAUAUAUAUUUAGAGAGCCUCCCUGAUUAGAAAGUCCGUCCUAAUAGGCGUGUGUUUAUCACGCCAGCCCCUUUCCUCCCUUCAUUUCAUGAAUUAUGAUGGGAAUCGUCUUUUUUUCCAGCGUGGAUAUGAGGGGAUGAGCUGGAAAGUUUUAUUUUAUUUUCAUUUUUUCUUUUCAUUACGCUGUUGACUACUCUUCCUUUGGAUGAUGUUAUGUUGGCCUAGCAUGUGUAUAUACCUACCGUUCCGUGAGAAAAUGAAGCCAAAAACAUUCCAAA